GUAUAGGUAAGGAGACACAAAUCAAUGAAUAAUAAAACAUUAACCAGCACUGGGGUGCCUGGAUGUGAUUGAGCUACAGCGAUCUGUCCAGGAGCUACAUCGCUGAAAAUUAUCACCAGUCCAAUCGUGGGUUUGGUCAACGUGGAGAAUAUGAAGCUCCUUCCUUCACUGCUGAUGCUGUUCUGUUUACUUAGACAUGGACCGAUGGGUGAAGUCAGUGCAGUGUCUCCUGAGAACACCACUCUGGUCAGCUCUUUGCAAAACAGCACCAGGACUCCAUUCCAGGUUACCGAGGAAUGCAACUUAAGCCUGGAGACUCAGCAAGCAGUUGGUGGCGCUAUAGCUCAAUUGGGGCUAAAGCUACUGGAGAAUCUGCAGCCUGGACCUGACCAACCAAAUGUCGUUCUGUCUCCACUGAGUAUUUCUCUUGCACUUUCACAGUUAGCUUUGGGUGCCAGGAACGAGACAGAGGAGCAGCUGUUAGGAGCUUUACAUGCAGAUUUGUUAUCUGACUAUUAUAAAACUUUAAGCUGCCUCCAAGAACAACUCAUCGUCAAGGCCAUUAAAGUGGCCUCUCGUAUCUACCUCAAACCAGGCUUUGACCUGAAAAAGGACUUUCUGGAAAGAUCCCUUCAACUGUUCAGAUCCGCACCCACACCACUCACUUCUGUAGAAGAAGUUAAUCAGUGGGUCGAGGAGGCCACCGAUGAUCACAUCAAGAACUUUUUGUCCAUUCUUCCACCCAGUGUGGUCUUGAUGUUGAUAAACGCAGUUCAUUUUAAAGGUGAGUGGAAGUCUCGCUUUGACGCACGCUUUACUGCCAAGGAUCUUUUUUACAUUGACAGACAGACCUCUGUAAAGGUGGACAUGAUGAUGGGAUCCAAAUAUCCUCUCAGCAUGUUUGUGGAUGGAGAGCAAGGCAUACAGGUUGCCCGAUUCCCUUUUCAGGGAAAUGUAAGCUUCCUGGUAGUCAUGCCCCUGUCAUCACAGAAUUUGUCAAGAGCAGCUGCCAACCUAAACAUUGCUGAUCUGUAUCGACGUCUUCCAAGUGAGAAACCAAUGCUUGUUAAACUGCCCAAGUUCAAACUGGAAUAUAAUCAGGAUUUGCAACAAGCACUCACAAACAUGGGUUUGGGUACACUCUUCUCUGGGCCUGAUCUCUCUGGUAUUGCAGUGGGCCCACUUGUAGUGUCUGGUGUGCAGCAUGCCUCCAGCAUAGAGCUAAACGAGGAGGGAGCUGAGGCCUCAGCUGCUACCUCGGUCACUCUGGUGCGCACCAUCCCCAUUUUUGCAGUCAACAUGCCGUUCAUCUUUGCUAUAGUGGAUGAUGUCUCACACACGCCUCUCUUCCUUGGCACGGUCACCAAUCCAAAUCCUGGCGCAACAGCCGAAUUAAGCGACGACCCAGAAAUCUUAGGUCUUCUGAGCAGCAACAUGCCAAGCGAUAAGCCACAGAAUGAUGAUCCGUACUGGGAUAACAUGCUGCAUGACGAGUCUCAGUGAAGGAGGAAAACAAAAGUGACUCCCCAAACAUUAGAACUGGGGGGGGGGGGGGG